GUUCCCCAUUUGAGAUUUUGAAAGACGGUGGUCUAAUAUGAGCGCUCUGCGGUUCAAUUGACGCUGCUGAUUAUGAUUUCCUGAGGUGGGGCACAGGACUUAUAGAAAGCUGCCGACAAUGGGUCUAGUCUCUAGCGGUAAAAGUCGACCUGACUGCUGAUCAGAACCAUUUGACAGGCUGAAGAAGAAGGGAGAAGAAAUGAAAAAGAAGGAGAGGGGAAGCGGAGAUGAAGGGGAGAUGAAGGAAAAAAAGACAAAGAAGAAGAACAAAGAAGGAGAAGAAAAUGAAAAAAGAAUAAAGCGAAGAAUACGAAGAAGGCAAAGAAGGAAGGAGAGAAGAGAAACAAGAGAAGAAAAGAACAACAAGAGAAGAAAAGAACAACAAGAGAAGAAAAGAACAACAAGAGAAGAAAAGAACAACAAGAGAAGAAAGGAUCAAGAAGAGAAGAAAAGAUCAAGAAGAGAAGAAAGGAUCAAGAAGAGAAGAAAGGAUCAAGAAGAGAAGAAAAGAUUAACAACAGAAAAAAAGAACCUAAAGGAGAAGAAAAAGAAUACGGCGAAGAAUAUGAAAAAAGAAUACGGAGGAAUGGAGUCAGGACACGGAUAUCAACGGAAACAACAAACACACCACCCGCAGUGCCCGAUGCCAGUCGAUACCCAACACCACUAUAUCCUCAAUCCCUUCAUGGCACCGGUGGCCUGGAUACAAGCCGCGAUGCAUGCGCCGUCCCGAAAAAGCCUAUUCUGGAGACCGUGGCGGCAAGCCCCGAGCCAGACCCGGUAUCCCAGAAUUCAGCCAUCGCCCGAAAGGGCACAGCCCGACGGCUUCGGGGACCAGGCCCCAGAAUUUGCACCCGGAACCUUCUGGAACACCCGUGCACCCGCGCGCACCGUGGGGAUCGUCAGGGCCACACGCCUAAAACACGCCUCCCCAGCAGCCACGCCCCCAUUUCUCAAGUCCUCAUUUGCAUCUACCUCCCACCCGACCCAGUGCACAAAACAACACACCCGAAAAUGGCAAUCACUAAGCAAGAAUUGGCGUUGGCCAUCAUCGAUUUCUUGGCGGCCAGCGUCGCCGACAAGACCGUCAGCGAGGAGUUCUCCGAGUCCAUCGAUGUCGCUGUGGAGUGUAUCACCGACGCCUUCUCCGUGGACAAAAGCGACGCGCCAGCGGCGCUUGCCAAGCUCGGCGGCAAGGGUUUGCUUGCCGCCGUCAACGGCGCCGGGGCCGGUGCCGCCAGCCCCGUGGCGCCCGCGGCCAAGGAGGAAUUAAGCGCCGAGACCAAGGCACAAGCCGACGCCUUGAAGGCCGAGGGCAACAAGGCCAUGGCGGCCAAGGACUUUGCCACGGCGAUCGCCAAGUACACGGAGGCCGUGGGCUUGGACGCGACCAACGUGGUGUACUUGUCGAACCGGGCCGCGGCGUACUCGUCGGCGUUGCAGCACGACAAGGCGGUCCAGGACGCUGAGGCGGCCAUCCAGUUGGACCCCGCGUUCUCCAAGGCGUACUCGCGGUUGGGCUUGGCGCAGUACGCGUUGGGCCACGCCAAGGAGGCGAUGGAGGCCUACGAGAAGGGCAUGGCCGUGGAGGGCGCCCAGCCCUCGGAUGCGAUGAAGAGAGGCUACGAGACCGCGAAGAAGCGCGUUGAGGAGGAGUUGGAGAGCAGCAUCAGCAAGGCGGAGCCCGAGACGUCGCGUGCCGCGGC